GAAAGCUAUUUGUCUUCAACCCUACGUGGAACUUGUUCUUCGGCCUUCUCGGGGUGUCGAAUUUAAAAGUAGAUCUGCACUUUUGCCUUAUUUUAUAAUUAUGUCGUGUCCUAAUUUCGCUCUCUUACACCUCGGCCUUCGGUUUCGCACCGAAGUCUUAACAGGUUUUCAAGGAUCGGAAUUUGUCACUCAUGCUGCCCGAGCUCUUGCACACCAGAUUGGUUUGCGACGUAUUGCACACGGCCAAGCUGCAGAGCCGCGAUCGUGCCAACUUAUUGUCAAAGUAUUAUGAUAAAAAAACUGAUGACGGAAUCAAAGGCUAAAGUGCAGGUUCGGGGCCCCACGAAGGUCGAAAACCAAAAGCAUAGGGUUUUUUUUUUAACCAAAGGUUUCCUUUAGCAAAAUUAAUCUUUGUUUUCUUAAGAUGUAAUUAAGAAGUGAUGCCACCCAGAUUUUUGAUUCAGGUUUAUUUCAGCUUCGGCGAAGUCGGUCAGUCGGAGGUCAAUAACUGUUUAAGUUUAGGUUCUAAGUUACGUUUGGUAUCAUUUUCGACAAAAUCUAAAAUGUAGAUCAUACCAAAUUUCAUUCAAAGGUGCAGCGGUUAUUGAUUCCCCACAUAAACUUCCACCCUCCUUUACACAUCCUUAGCGAUGAUUUUUUAGAUGAAAACUAUCCUGUGUCCUUUCUGGGGACUAAACUAAUUAUCUCUUUACCAAAUUUCAACUAAAUUGGUUCAGCGGUUGAAGCGUGAAGGAGUAUUAAAAAAAAAAGAAUAUUUUACAUGUUUCCACUUCGGAAUGGUGUCAAUGUGAUACCAUACUCGUAAAUGAGUUCGGCAUUCCCGAUUUAUACGAAAACGAUACCAAACAUACCAACUGAUGUAGAUAUCAAGAUAAAGUUGAGAGCCCACCCCCCUCCUCUAAAAAUGUACACUACAAAACUUGGUGGCUCCACUUCUUAACUAUAUAAAUCAAUCCUUGGGUCCUAACUCCUAGGGGCCAAUCCUGCCAAAGGAACUCUUCGGUUCGAAACGCCUAUUUCAUCGGCUGCAACUAACUCUAAUCAAGUGCCCUUUUGAGCGAGGCCAAAUGCCGAGCAGCAGGAGAGCCAUGAUCACAUUGGUUCGAUUUCGUUAGGUCUUAUUCAUACUCGGCUUUUUACUUUAUGCAAAAGUUGGCCUUAAGCCUCACAUAAACUUGGCCAUCUGUCCAAAUCCAGGCUGUCAUCUCUCGCGGCUGGGCAUUAUGCCUUGUUUACAAUUCGCCAUUGGUUUUUUUUAUAGCGCGCCGCCAUCAGACUCUCCGGGCGUCUAACCUUAUGAGGACCUCAGCCUUCGGCCUCUUUCACACAAUUUGUCAAUUCCAAGUUCUGCUUUCUUGCAGCGUGGCCUUUGGCCUCAUACGUAAAAGCGCCGAUCGGACCGCGAUUUCAGCCUUAUGAAGAGCUCAGCUUUCGACUUACUUUUUAAAACACUUGGCCAUAGAUUCUUGCCAGAGCUUGACCCUGCUGAAGCUCGACCUUUGGCCUCACAUGAAUGCGCUUCAGCUUUGAAUGCGAAUCAGAAAAGCUCUCUUUUCAACCUUGUGUGGAGCUCGGCCUUAGUCCUCGCUUACACUGGGUAUUUUUUUCAGUCAGUUACAAAACCCAGCUCUCUCUCAACUCCGCCUUUAGGUCUUGCUCGAUAGCGCCAAGUGGGCACUCCGGAUCUUCAACCUUAUGAAGAGCAUGGCCGUUGGAUUCGUUUUUUGACUAUUGCCACCAUUGCUUCAAUUCCAAGCACUGCUAUCCUGCAGUUCGGCCUUCGGCCUCGCACGACAGUCCGCCACAGUAGAAACAACUGAGGGUCCACCGCGAACCACGUUCGACGUGUUGUCUCCCUGUCGCACGUACGAAUUUACAAUUGCCUCUGGGCCUCAGUCCUUAUGUAACUUUCGGGUUACUUUUGGUCAUGUUACUUCUAGGGUUUAUUUGUGAAGUGAACCAAAUCAGGUUUUAAUUACAUAGUUAGCCGGAAAGGCAAGUACACAAUCAUAUAUAUAGGUAAUUUCAGUCAUUUAGUUUACACAUGCUUUGAUAAAGAUGACAUUAGGAUGGCGACUGCACCAGCAUUACAGUUGCAACGUUACUGCUGCAGCACUGUCAAUUUCCUUGAUAAAAUAAGUAAUGGAUUGAAUAUAUAAAUUGCAUCAGUAAUGCGACCAUGAACGUCACUUAGUUUACCAAAAAAAAUCAAUGUUGUCAAUGUAAUCUGGAUGAGCCUAGGCAGAGGGGGCACCAAGAUCUAGAAAUGCUUAGGGCAUCAAAAUUUCUUAAUCCGGCACUGAUGACGCUAGUGCCGCCACUGGCAGUGUUCCUGGCGAAGCACCCGCUGGUCCUCAAGUACAACUUGAAGUCUGUCAACGAAGUCUGGUGCGGCGCGGCGCCGCUCUCAGCAGAAAUACAAAAUGCUGUGUCACAGAGGUUAGGCAUAAACUUCAUCCGGCAGGGCUACGGUCUGACGGAGGUGACGAUGGCGUGCUGCGUCGACCUCUCCACCAAACGCCGGCUUGGCUCCUGCGGGACUCCGGCCCCGGGCAUGAAGAUUAAGGUCAUAGACAUCGAAACCGGCAAAAAGAAGGGUGUGGGCGAGGAAGGCGAGCUAUGGAUCAAGUCGCCCCUCCGCAUGAAGGGCUACAUGGGCGACCCAGCGGCCAGCGAGGCGCUGUUCGACCAGGAGGGCUACGUGCGCACGGGCGACAUCGGCUACUACGACCAGGAGGGUGCCUUCUAUAUCGUCGAUAGGCUUAAGGAACUAAUCAAGUACAACGGCUUUCAGGUGGCCCCAGCCGAGCUAGAAGCCCUGCUGCUGCAGCACCCGGGAGUAGCUGAAGCCGGCGUGGUGGGCGCACCUCAUGAGAGCGCGGGCGAACUACCCACCGCUUUCGUGGUGCGCCAGGCCGGCGCCGCCGUCACCGAGCGGGAGUUGCAGGAUCACGUGGCCAGCAAGGAUGCGCUGAUCUUGGGCAUCAAUGAUGCACGUAGAGGAAUUGAGUUGAAUAAUAUCACUAUCAACAGAGACAUAGUGACAUUCACAAUGCGAGGCACCAAAACUAAGACUGACAAAUCAUUUGUGAAUUGGGAUGGAAUUAUGAAUAUUUUUAAAAACAACCCAAUAAAUAUUGUUUUGGCAGCUAACACUAUGAUAACAGCCAAGUCUCAUGAAGAUCUACACGACGGCUCGUCAGCAUCACACCAGCAACAUAAAUCACUUUACACAGAUGCACAACCAGGCUCCCGUGGCCCUCCAGUUUACAUUGAGGAUUGUAGUCCUGAGACAAUCAAAAUUGAUGCUCAUCCAAAAUCUUUUAGCAAACGUUCACUGCCAUCUGCUCUUUAUCAUUAUUAUAUUAUUAUUACAUUAUUAUUAUCAACCACCGUUAUAAACUGCAGCCAGAUUGAAGAUUGGUCACAGUCAACCAGUGACACUGCAUCCUCACAGCCAGGGUCAAUUUCAAAUAUAAAGGAAACUAAUAUUCGUGCACCUCGUGGAUUAAGAACAGUUUCAAUAUCCAAUAGCCCUAAUAUGUCAAAUGUUCAUUUUCCUGAUGGACCUGGUAGAACAGUUACAAUAUCCAAUAGCCCUAAUAUGUCAAAUGUUAAUCUUCAAUACAAUGAUCAACCUGGUGGAUCAAUAACAAUUACAAUAACCAAUUGCCCGAAUAUGUCAAACGUUAGAUUUAUUGUCAAUGCUGGAGCUGGUUCAGAAAUAACAGCUACACUAACCAAUUGUCCUGAUAUGAGAAACGUUGCAUUUUUUUUCAAUACACCUGGUGGAAUUACAACAGCUACAAUAAGCAAUUGCCCUGACAUGUCAAAUGUAAAAUUUAAUUUCAACGGUGAACCUGGUGGAACAAUAACAGUUACAAUAUCCAAUCGCCCUAAUAUGUCAAACGGUGUUUACAAUUACGUCAACGGUAUUUACAGCUAAAUUUGUCAUAAACAUGUAACUUUCCUGGCUCGCAAAAUGCCCGUAGUAUAUUUUACAACGCAUAUACUCGAAGCCGACUUGAAUCUAACGCGGCAUUUUGGAGCCCCUAUGAACAUCAAUACACCCGUAUGUUAGGGAGGGUGCAAAAAUCAUUCGUACUCUUCCUUUUCCGUAAACUAUAUGGGUAAAUAUCUGGGGUAUAUUUCGGGAAUUCACCCAAUUUACCUGGUAUUUACCUUUUCUACCCGAAUAAGUGGGCUUAAAUAAAAGUUGGAAACGAAGUAAUAAAUUAAAUUGAGGUAAAGUAAAAAAUAUUAAUAAAUUUAAAAAUUGUUAUAUAAAUAAUAUAAUAUUUGUAUAUAAGUAAAAUUGACUAAGGAAUUCGUCAAAUGUUUCAUAUAUUAGGUACUAUUAAAUAUCGUUUACAUAGCACAUGAAAAUUCUCAGGCGUAAAAGUUACACUUUUAAAGGAAUGACAAUAACUUUAACAAAAUACGAUAACAAUAAUAAAAAAGUAAGCCCCCGAGUGAAAGCCAGAAUGGCGGGUGUACCUAAAUAAAUAAAAAAACCUUACCAUAUUUUUGUACCUAAUUUGUACUAUUUUUAUAAUAUGAGCCAAUUUAUUUGUGGUUUCCAAGUUUUAAUCAUUACAUUCAUUUUUUGCUUGCUAUUACACUUUUGCAGGCGCUAUAAUUUUUCACCUUAUCGAUUUCAUUUUUAAGAAAUAACGCUACGGUAUAAUUAUUUUUAUUACGCCAGGAAUUUGUACCUUUCACGUUUAAUCUGAUCAGAUCAAAUAAAUCAGAAAAUUAUAACAGUAUUGAAUGAUUCACGGUUAGUUUCACUACACUUAAAUCGACCGGCCGGAAUCUUGGUCGAUUUCAGAAAAUUAUGUUUUAAAAUUCCUAAGAAAAACCAUGUACCAUGUUCGUUUUUCAUUGAUUGUUGAUGAUUAAUCAAAUAAAACCCGCAAAUUUUGUAAAUAUAUAUAUAUAUAUAUAUAUAUAUAUAUUUAUUAUAUAUAUUUCUACUAUGACUACGACUAGUGGCUCCGUGAGCUGUACACCUCGCGAUAAGAUCGAUAAGCUUAAAACAUAAAAAAACAACAAAAAAUAAAUUCAUUGAGCCAUUUUCACAGCGUACUCACAAGGUUUUAAGUGCCAUAGACCGUAUUGGCACUUAAGUCCUUUAUGCCAAUUUCCACCAAUUUGAACAUUUUCCAAAAAAUGAGAUGACAGAAAAUUUCUAUGUAGCUACUGAACCUGCUUACAAAAUUUCACUAGUUGCAGCUCUGCUACCUGUACAGUUUUCAACCUGUACAGGAAAACAUUCAGACAUACAAAAGCAAAUUGCCCAAGUCAAAAUAUAGACCUUCGCUAACGCUUCGGUCAAUUAAAAUAUGUACUUACAUAAGUUUUACAAAGCAAUAUUUAAGUUUAACUAUUACGUGUUUUUCUAUCGUCUUGGUACAAAGAAGCACCCAAUUGUGCCUUCCAUUCCAUGAGAAAAGGGUCCUUAUGCUCAUUUCUAGUUACGGAGAUAUUAACGUUAUUGUAAAUACUUGAAAAUUAUAUUUUUUUCUUUUCUGCGUAAUAAUAGAAUGUAGGAAUAGACAUGUCAUUCUAGCUUAUUUUUAUUCGUAUACGUUAAGUAUUUCUAUGUUAAAAUUAUUGUCAAAUUUGAAUGAAAAAGGGUUCUUAAUCCUUAUGAUUAAGUGCAAAAUUACCUUAAGCUACAUAGUCAAUCAUCAUUCAUCAGUUAUGUACCUAUUAAUUUC